CACCAGUAUCAGGUCCACGUACUCUCUCGCGAGCCAUAUGUUGUUUACAUCACCAAUUUUCUCUCCCAAGCUGAAAUCUCCUAUAUUUUAUCUCUCGGGGAGCCCUUGUUUGCCCCAUCGCUGGUAAAGACUGGCUCUGAGGAUGUAUCUACACGUUCGUCAACGUCGGCAUUCUUGCCCACCAAUGACAAGAUCACAUCCAACAUCCAAGCUCGAGCCGCUUCAUUCCUAGGCUCAUCGCCAUAUUCGGACAUUGCACCAUUGCAGUUGGUUCGCUACGGGCCCACGCAACACUUUACGUACCAUACUGAUUGGUCACCGGAGCCCCGGCGCUCUAAGUCAGGAUCACUCUAUCAGGUUUAUUCGAGUUUCUUUGUCUUUUUGCAGGCCGAAUGUGAGGGCGGCGAAACUCACUUCCCAUACUUCGAAACCCAGGGCUGGGGCCUUGAGGAAGGCUUGGUCGCCAAGACUGAGGCAAUAAGAGGACUAGGUACAGCCUUUCGACCCACAGUUGGUAAUGCAGUGUUCUGGUUCAAUCUCCACACGAAUGGCACCGGUGAUGAUCGCACGCUGCAUGCAGGGUUACCUGUGCAGCAAGGUAUCAAAACGGGGAUGAAUAUUUGGAGC